UGCCUGCAACUUCUCGUCGACGCACCACUUGAGAGAGUAUUUCGGACUGGAUACGGAAAGCAGCAGAACAUGGCUCUCCUGCAAACAACGUUUCUCCCGCUGUUCCUCCACAUGUGCCUCCUCAGCUGGAGCGCGUGGGCCAAGGUGGAGCUGACUAUGCAUGAGAGUGUUGAGGUGUACCUGGGUGACUCGGCUCAGAUCCCCUGCCAGUACAGCUUCACUGACGCCAACAACGAGCCCAGCUUUGUCAUGAUCCAGUGGUUUGUGAAAUCUGUGGGCAACAGCUCCCGGAUGCGGAUCUUCUAUGGUGAUGGCAGUCAGCAGAUGGUGGACAACAACACGGACUACACCGGACGCAUCGAGGUGGCUUCAGACCAGCAGGGAACUCAACUCAUCAUCCAAGAUGUCCAGCUGUAUGACGAGAGGGAAUUCUUCUGCCAGGUUAAUGGGCUGGCCGCCGGGAACGCUGAAGGCAAGACCCACCUCAGGGUGUUUGCUCCUCCAGAGGCUCCAGUGAUAGAGGGUGUCCUUACUGGGAUAUCUGUGACCAAUGAGGUGCCGUCUAAGGUCGCAUCAUGUGAAGCUCGGAACGGCUUUCCUAAACCCAACAUCACCUGGUACAGGAACAGCAUGCCGCUGAUGUCGGCACCUGGACAUGUGAACGUGUUGAUCCUGGUGACCCGGGAGUCCAGCGGCUUCUACUCUGUCCAGAGUACGCUGGAGUACAAAGUGGCUAAGGAGGACAAGGAUGCCCAUUUCUCCUGUGAGGUCAGCUUCUUCGUCCCCGGAGCCAUCAGGACAGUGGAGUCCAACAGCAUCAACGUCACUAUUCACUACCCCACCACCAUGGUGGAGCUGUGGAAGGAGUCGCCCCAGGGCUUGGUCAAAGAGGGGGAUACUGUGGAGCUGCGUUGCCAGGGUGAUGGCAACCCCCCGCCGCCCUUCAUUUUCAACAGAGAACAAGAACCAGAUGUGGACUUGGAGAGCAGCGGCGAUGUAUUGAUGCUGUCACCAGUGUCACGGAAAGACAGCGGCAUCUAUCAGUGUCGCCCCCUGGACUCUGACGGCUACACCGACGUCAAAGGGGAAAUGCAACUCACCGUGCACUACUUGGACCCGGCUGUAGUUGUACCUAAAGACUCAGAGGUUAUGCUCAAAGGAGAAGAUCUGACUGCAACCUGCAACGCUCUGUCCUCCCUGAAAACAUCCACUGUUUGGUACAAGGAUGGAAAGCAGGUGGGCUCGGGGAACACACUGCACCUGAAGGACGCCUCCUAUGAAACAACAGGAGAGUACAUAUGUGAGGUGACCGUUCCCUCCCUGCCUGCCCUGCACACCAGUGGCUCUGUGCACAUCAUCGUCCAAGGUGGUCCUCAGCUGGUGGGAGCGGAGCAGGAGGUGCAGCUGGAGGAGGCGACAGGCAGAAUGGUGAACCUGAGCUGUGAGGUUCAGGGUCAUCCACUGCCCAGCAUCUCCUGGAGCAUCAUCGGCAGCCAGAUCUGGCACGAGGUGGUGAACAAGGCGACCGAGCACGUGACCCACAGCGUGGUGUCGGUCAAAGUCACCUCAGACAUCAGCGCUCUGUGCAACGCUUCCAACGACAUGGGCACUGAAGUCAAAGCUUUCAGCGUCAAAGCCAUUCCCAGAGUCACCUCAGCUGCUCCCUUCUCUCCCGCUGAGGGCAGUGGGGUGAUCAUAGUGGUGAUCAUACUGUGUCUGCUGCUGCUGGCCAUCCUCGGCAGCGUGCUCUACUUCCUGCAUAAGAAGGGGAAGAUCCCGUGUGGACGCUCAGGGAAACAGGAGAUCAGCACCAAAGAGAAGACCACCAAAGAUGACAUUGUCGUGGAGAUGAAGACCAACACAAAGAAUGAGGAAGCUGUCCUCCUAAAGGCCAUCAACGGAGACAAAAAGGGCCCCAAUGACCAGUAAAGCCCCUGAUGGCUCAGCAGUGAUGUUGUGCAGCAGGAGGCAGGACACAUGAAGCCAGCAGUCAGUCAGUCAGUGUGUGUGAGACGCUCCCACUGAUCUGAGACCUGCAGGGUAACACCACCAUCUCACAGUCCGGACAUUCCCCCCCAUCAUGCUUUGUUCUCAGCAGUAUUCAGUAGAUUUACACAACCACACACACACACACACACACACACACACAUUACACACACACACUCAAACACACAGGUAUGUAUGUACAGAUGUGUAUUUUCUUUCAAACGAACGUUCGCUUCCUCGACAUUCAGUUUGUUUUGUACUGUUUCCUCAAACAGCUCUUGGCUGGUGUUCAGUGUGUGUACGAUGGUGUCUCAUGAGCAUCAUCUUUUUUUUUCUCAAUGAAAGUGUAUAUAUUAUAUAUAUUUUGUUAUUUAAGAUAUUUUGGCACUCAGAUUUUCAUUUCAUGGUAGCGGCUGGGUCAUGUGCAUGUUGAUCCGUGUUCAUGGGUCCAGGUGUGUUUUGAGACGGGACAUGAUGUCAGAGACCAAACGCCAGCCGUUCCUCUGCGGCGGCUCCUUACUGUUGGUUCACAGUCGCACUGAGAGAAGGCAUGUCAGUGUGUUUGCUUCACUUUGAUUUUUGAUUGACACCAAUAUUUGUAGAAAUUGAUUUUAAGAUUUACCAAAUGCUGAGGCAUUUCCUCCAGAACUGAUGUCAUCGCAGGAAAAUCAUAAUGUUAUCUGUAAAAGCUGUCGGUCAGACACACUGGCAGCCACAGAUAUAGUAACAUAGAUGCCUCAUUGGCUGCUGGAUUGUACGUCAACGGUGAUGCCAUAUUGUAGAAGGCAAGACCAGCCUGUAAACAAAUGUCAGUAAACAGAAGAGGAUAAAAAGCUCUAUAACUUUAAUAUUUAUUAACCAAUUGCAAUGAGUUGUUUUUAUGUUUAUGGGUUUAUGACAGGGAUACUCAACUUGCUUUGCUUGAGGGCCACUUUUGAAAAAAUGACCUUAGGCCAGGGCCAGUCACAGCAGCCCUGCAUAGGUCAGGGGCAUUUCUAGGAUUUGAGGCCCAGGCCUCUGUCGGGGGUCCGGGGAAUCCUUCCUUGGCACUUUCUUUGAUAAACAAGCUCCGUUCUGAUGUUUAUUACACACAACUACAACAGAAUUAUUUUCAUUGUGAAUUAGAAAAUGGUUGGGGGGCCACCUGGCACCCUAUCUGGCCCACAGGCGUAAGUUGAGUAUCACUUGUUUGCAGUCAAUUUUAAUCUCAAUCUUUAGGCUGUAAUCACUGCUGGACGCUCAGUAAAAGAGUCUGUGUUAGGCUUACAUGAACUGAAUUACUGGUGAUAAAUAAAUAAUUGGAAAUUGGAAAUUUAAAAACUCAUUUGUCAGACAUGGAUUUGACUUAUUUUCCUUGGUUGAAUAAUUAUGGAGAGAUCCCUUUAUAAUAUAAUAUAUAUUAAUGUGGAAGUAGAUAGGGGUGAAAAUCACCAGAGGGCCCACGAUAUGAUAUUAUCACAAUACUUAUUAUUAUAAUUUUAAGUAUGUUGCGAAAGGUGAGUGUCGUGAUAAAAUAUGGCGCGAUUUAUUUCCUUUUUUGCUGUUUAACUGAUUACAAAAGUUUUUGCUGCAAAAUUUAUCUAUUGGACAAAUCAAGUUUUAUUUGUCAUAUUAUUAAUUUAUAUAAUAGAAAAUCAAUACUUGACACUAUGUGACAGUACGAUAUUGCCACACAAAAUAUCGCAGUACUUUGCUGUAUUGAUUUUCCCCCACCCCUAGAAGUAGACGACUUUUAACUUGCUAGCGCGCUACCUAACUAGUAAGCUACCACUGUCUGCUUAUCAACUGAUUGGUCAUAACAGAAUUAUAUUAACUUUCACCACAGCUUAUUUUAGAAAGGCCAUCACAAGAAAACUUAUUUUUUGUUCAUGUUAUAUAAUGUGCAAUUAGUUUGUUCCCAUCUACACCCAGGUACAAGAAAAUGAAAAGCUUGCCAACAUUAGCACGCUAGCUACGUUAGCAUGCUAGCUAUGUUAACUAUAGCUAAUUGCUGGCAGCCAGAAUCAUCAGAAACAUCUAUGAUCUGCUGUCUGUUUCAUAAACUAAACCAGUGAUUCUCAUUUUUUACACCAAGUAUAACCUCAUUAAAUAGAAUAAAAUAAAACAUCAAAUAAGUCUCUCUAAGUACCAUAACUACGCCCGAGAGUAAUACGCAGUAGCGCAGGCCCUCCCUAUUCAGCCAAGGACAGUUCACAUAGGAGGCGGGUUUAUUAUACAUUACAGGACAUAUAGGAUAAUAACUAUCACCUAAUCACAUUUAUUUUACCUCCACUUAACUAUCUUGCCAUCAAAGCUUAACUGGCAACUAAACACGGACGUAUGCGCGCGCUACAUUCAUGAACAUUACCAGUAUCAAUACCAAAAUAAUACAGGAAAGGCAAAUCUUAUUUUAAAUUACGUUUCAGUAUUUUCAUUUGAUAAAUUGAUUAUUUUUUGAAUGUAUAUAUAUUUUGGAGAUUUUUCUGGAAACUUGUGUACCACCAGGGCCACACACCGUAGUUUGGGAAGCAGUGAUCUCGAUAAACAACAUGUUUUCCUGCAGUGUCCUUUCUAAAAUGAGCUGUGGUGAAAGUUACUAUUUUCUGUGAUGAUAAAGAAGUUGAUAAGUGAACAGCGUUUGCUGGCUAGCUGAAAAGUUGUCUACUUCCAUUUUAAAUUAUUUUAUAUUAUUUUCCUUAUACAAAGGAAAAUAAGUCAAAUCCAUGCAGACAAAUGUGAAUUUUUAAAAUCACUCAUUACAGGUAAUUUAGUUCAUGUUAGCCAAACACACACGACUCUGCUGAGUGUCCAGCUGUGAUUAUAGCCUGAAUAUCGAGAUUAUAAUUAAAUGAAGACAAAUUUUUUUCCUCUACAGCACGUAGAUCAUAAACCCAUGAAUAUAGAAACAACUCAUCGCAAAUGGUUGAGAGAUAUAAACAUUAUAGAGCUUUUUAUCCAGCUCCUCUGUUUACUGUCAUUUGUUUACAGGCUGGUCUUGCGGUCUCCAAUAUGGCGGCGCUGCUGACACAUCACUGCAACAGGCUGACACAGUCAGUGCGGCGUCUAUGUCUAUAUGUCUAUGCUGACAACCUUCUUCUGCAAACUGCUGUCAAGCCCUCGUACUGUUUGUAAAUACAUGUAGUGUACAGACCUGCUAGUGGUGGCCUUGGACUGUAACUGAGGGUGAAAAGGUCAAAGGUUAGUGAUCUGCUGUGCCUGUUUUUGCAUCAUACACUGAAUUUGUUUUCUUCCUUUGGUUUGCUCUGUGUGUUUUCUUUGUGUUUCCACUGAGAGCUCGUCGGGACUGGAGAAGCACUCCAGUGUUUGUGUGUGUUCGGAUGUUUACUGCUCAUUAAACACACGCAGACCUGCUGACCGUUUGGUUUCUAGACUUUACAUUUCAGUUUGUUUCUGUGCAGUUUGAGAAGAAACUGGCAGACAGCUUCGCUCAGAUAAUCCAUCACUGGGAACAUUUAGUUUCCUGUUCAAAGUUAGAAUAUUAUUCCAUCCAUGGGGAUUUACUGCGGAUUGAUUUGAAAGGUCUGCUCUGCAUGAAACUGUCAUGAAUCUUUAACAACGACACAAGUAGAUGUGGACGUUCUUGUCUGUGAUGGAUUACUGAACUCUGAGCAUAAAGUACCAGCUGUGGAACAUAGAAAUACGACAUCUCUCCCCAGUUUGUCGUGUGUUAUCACUGCAUUCAAUUAUUGUAACAUUCAAAUCACAGAGCUGAACAUCUGGAGCUGCUUUUUGCAGAACGAUAAAUCUCCAAUGAUCUUUGAAAAACCUAGAAAGUUGGUAAAUACUCAGUUUUGAAGGUGUUUCCAGAAUCUUUAAAGACUCUUCCAGCCAGCUGUAUCAACAACAUAUUACAAUUCUUCACCCAUAAUCUAAGAUGCAUCUGUAUUUCCUGAAACUGCAGAUGAACAUCACCUCACUGUCUGUGCUGUGUAUGAAAAUAUUGAUUGAUCAAACACUGUGAUAUUCUGUAAUCCAAACAAAGCUGGCAGUGACACACUGCAGCUCCUCGCCUGAUCUGUAGGAUGUUACCGAAAAAACUAAAAUGUUAUGUUAAUUUAUCUUAUUUUUCUCUGUUAUUCUUAAUUAUUUUUCUCAAAGUGGGCGCUACUCAUGCUGGGGUCCACACAAAAACAACAAUCUAAAAACUGACAACAUUCAAAAAAUAAUUCAACACACACUAUAAAAUAAUAGACAAUAAAAACUUAGAGUUAAAAUAAGAAAAAGGAGUAAAAAGUUUUCAAAACAAAGUAAGAUUUACAUAAUUUUUCAUUAUUUUUUUUUCAUACACAAUAGGUUUAUAUUUUUUUCUUGCAUUGUACAAAACAGGCGAGGUGCUAUUUCAUUUCUGGACACUAUUUUAGGGGGAAAAAAGAUUUACAUUUGGGAAAAAUGUGUUUAAUUUAAAUUUAAUUUAAACAUUUAUACAUUAAGAAAAAUUUGUUUAAAAUAUUAACAAAAUAAAUGGAGUAAAAAUUAAAAUUUUCCAAAACAAAUUAAGAUUAAUUUUAUUUUCCAUUAUCGUAUAUUUUCAUACACAAUAGGUUUAUAUUUUUUCUUGUGUUGUACAAAACAAGCAAGAUGCUAUUCAAUUUGCAGACACUGUUUUAGGAAAAAAUCUGUUUAAAAUAUUAAAUAUUGUGCAAAGACAGUUUUUUAAUUCUUAAGGGGAGAAAAAAAAAAUACAUUUGGGAAAAAAAUGUUUAAAACAUUUAAAUAUAAAAGGAGUAAAAAAAAAAAAGUAUAAAAAAAGGAAAACAUAAAAUAGUUUCCGAAACAAAGUAAGAAAAAGGAAUUCUGCUUAAAAUUCCAAAUAUUGUGCACAUAUGGAUUUUUUAAAAAUCCUUGGGAAUCCUUGGGGGAGAAAAUGAAAAAUUACAUUUGGGAAAAAAUUGUUUAAAUAUUUAAACAUAAAAGGGAGUAAAAAAUAAAUCAAACCUUUUUAAGUUACAAUAUCCUAUAUUUUCAUAAACAACAGGUUUUAUAUUUUUUCUUGCAUAUUACAAAAUGGACAAGAAGCUGUUUAAUUUGUGGAUACUAUUAUAGAAAAAGAAAUUGCUGUUUCACAGACGUUUUUUUGUUGUUUUUUUUUUAAUCCUGGCGAGUAAAAGAGUCUUUGAAGAGUCCUAAAACACCUUCAGAUCAUCAGGAAGUGUUUUUUAAAUCUCAUCAGGGGUUUAUUUUUCUGCAAAAAGUAUAUUUGAAUGUCAUGAUAAUAGAAGAGAGUCACAAACAAACAAAGGUUAACUAGCUAACCUUCAGGAUGCUGACAAAUCCAGUCAGUACAUUUAAAGUAAACCAUCUGAAACACGCAUGGACCCUGGUGACGCUCCCUCAUAGGCCCGUGUUGUGAAUAUGAUGUUCUGAUUGCUCACCGUGUAGCUUAUUGUGAAGAGACAUUUCGUUGCUGAGAGCGCCACGUUUGCCCAGAUGACUUGCAACAUUAACAAAGUAGUGAUGUUUCCUGUUUUUUUUUUUUUUUUGUACCACUGAGUUGAAAUUGUAUAAAUAUCCAGGUACAGGACGUCCUCAGGCCAGACGUGUCCUCCUGUGCAGGGCCAUGCUGUCGUUAGGGUGUAGAGAUGCUGCACAAAGCCAUGACACCAACCGUCUGCAGGGUGCAGCCAAGCAUUUCUGAUUUGAUCCAUACAUCUGCACCUCCUCUGUUUAAUACGACUUCAAAUACAGUUUUUGUUUGGAUUUUUCACCAGUGGGAAAACAAGUUAACCGAACAUUAUGUUCUUUUUUUUCUUCAAAAUGUGUGUAAAUUAAGUCCUGUACAUGUGAUUCUUUGAUGCUUGCGUUUUUUUAUAUUUUUUGCAAGAAAAUAAUGCCAAAUAAAAACGUUUCAUUUAAA